AUGGAAAGCAAUACCAUCCAUAGGCGAAAAAGCGCCCCGCAUACGUCACGCCCGCGAGUUCGGAGUCACUGCAAAACUCUUGAACCACCGCAUCAACUCAGCGCAACAGCCUCGCUCCUCCGGGAAACAGGACAAAGGACACCAGAAGAUGAAGCAGAGAUUCUCGUCCUUGGAUGUCAAGGUGAGCAUGCCGAGCAACACCCCGCCAUCCGCAACCGCCGCGCACGAAACUCACACAACAAAUGCCAGGUCAUCUCCCAGGAACUUGCAUCGGAGAUAGUCAAUUUGCGAGUUUCGAACAUCUACGAUCUCUCCUCGCGCAUUUUCCUCUUCAAAGUCGCCAAACCCGACCACCGCAAACAGCUCGUCGUCGACUCCGGCUUCCGCUGCCAUGUCACGCAAUACUCCAGAGCGACUGCUUCAGCGCCUACUCCGUUCGUGACGCGCAUGCGCAAGUUCCUCAAAUCUCGACGCAUCACCUCCAUCGAACAGAUCGGCACGGAUCGAAUCAUCGACUUCUCCUUCAGCGAUGGCAUGUACCACAUGUUCUUGGAGUUCUUUGCCGGCGGAAAUAUCAUCAUCACCGAUCGCGAGUACAAUAUUCUCGCGCUAUUCCGACAGGUUCCAGCUGGUGAGGGACAGGAUGAGACCCGCGUCGGAGUCAAGUAUACGGUGACCAAUAAGCAAAAUUAUCACGGUAUUCCGGAUAUCACAAGGGAGAGGGUCAAGGAGACGGUGGAGAAGGCUAAGGCCUUAUUCGCACAGGAGGGGAAUGCGCCGAAGAAGUCCAAGAAGAAGAAUGCGGAUGUGCUCCGCAAGGCUCUGUCGCAGGGGUUCCCGGAGUAUCCGCCCCUGUUGUUGGAUCAUGCGUUUGCUGUGAAGGAGCUGGACCCCGCUACCCCGCUCGACGAGGUUUUGCAGGAUGAAGCGCUUCUGCUAAAGGUCGUGGAUGUGUUGGAGGAGGCGAAGGUCGAGACGGAUAAGCUGGCUACGGAGAAGAGUCAUCCUGGUUAUAUUGUUGCGAAGGAUGAUACUCGUCCGUCUGCGGACUCGCCGGCUCAGGGUGAGGAGGAGGCCGCUCGGAAACCGGGAUAUCUGUAUGAAGAUUUCCACCCGUUCAAGCCUAAGCAGUUUGAGGGCAAGCCGGGUGUUACUAUUCUGGAGUACCCGUCCUUCAACGCGACGGUUGAUGAGUAUUUUUCGUCGAUUGAAACACAGAAGUUGGAGUCGCGGCUCACGGAGCGGGAAGAGGCUGCGAAGAAGAAGCUUGAUGCUGUUCGACAGGAACAUGCCAAGCGCAUUGGCGCUCUUAAGGAGGUUCAGGAGCUGCAUAUUCGCAAGGCGGGGGCGAUUGAAGAUAAUGUCUACCGGGUUCAAGAAGCGAUGGAUGCAGUUAAUGGCCUAAUUGCUCAGGGUAUGGACUGGGUCGAAAUUGCCCGCCUCAUUGAGAUGGAGCAAGGCCGAGGAAACCCAGUGGCUAAUAUCAUCAAGCUGCCAUUGAAGCUCUACGAGAAUACAAUUACGUUGAUGCUUGGGGAGUCGGGCGAAGAGCAGGACGAAGGCGAGGAUCUGUUCUCGGACGAUGACUCUGAAUCAGAGGAUGAGCAGGAAGAAGUUGCCAAGGCCCAAAAACAGUCAAACAACAUGCUGACAAUUGACAUUGAUCUCGGCCUGUCUCCCUGGGCGAACGCAACACAGUACUACGAACAGAAGAAGAUGGCUGCCGUGAAGGAGCAGAAGACAACGCAGUCCUCGACCAAGGCUCUCAAAAGUCACGAGAAGAAAGUGACGCAGGACUUGAAGAAGGGUCUGAAGCAGGAGAAGCAGGUUCUUCGGCCUGCUAGAAAGACUUUCUGGUUCGAGAAAUUCCUCUUCUUCAUCUCGUCGGAAGGGUAUCUGGUCCUAGGUGGCCGCGAUGUGAUGCAAAGCGAGAUCCUCUACCGCCGCUACCUCAAGAAAGGCGAUGUGUUCGUGCACGCCGAUCUACAAGGUGCCACGCCGAUGAUCGUCAAGAACAGAUCCAACUCACCUAACGCACCCAUUCCCCCAAGCACUCUUUCGCAAGCCGGUAAUCUUUGCGUGGCUACGUCCAGCGCCUGGGAUUCCAAGGCCAUCAUGUCAGCAUACUGGGUUAAUGCGAGCCAAGUUAGCAAGACUGCUGACGCGGGAGGCCUCCUCCCCACCGGCGAGUUCCUCAUCAAGGGCGAAAAGAACUUCCUGGCCCCCUCACAGCUCGUCCUAGGAUUUGGAGUUAUGUUUCAGGUGAGCAAGGAGAGUCUCCGAAACCAUAAGCUGCACCGGUUCGAUGAACCCGUGGCUACAGAAGCGCCUGUGGAAGGUCAGGAAGCCGAUAAGGAAGCCGAUGACAAGCCUGUCGAGCAAGAAGCACAGAUUACUAAGUCCGAGAGACCAGCUGAAGCGGAGCAGGAGCAAGAGCAGAGCAGCGAGUCUGAAGGGGAACAAGAGGACGAUGCUGUGAUCCCAGCUAGAAACCCGUUGCAACGCGGGUCGUCAGAGCCCACCCAAACAGAAUCGAUUGCAGCGAACGAAUCCCAGAACGCUCAGCCUGAUGAUGCAGCUGAAGAGGAAAAGGAAGAAGAAGCCGAAGAACCGAACGGCAACAAUGAAGAUGAGCAAAGUGCGCAAGAAGAGCCAGCCGAGGAUGAGAAGGACGAGGACGAGAGUGGGACAUCGCCACAAACUUAUGAUGAUCGACAACUCUCUGCCAGAGAAAGGCGGAUGGCUAGAAAAGGAAGAGCGUCGGAGCUGGAUGGCCCUGCAGCGAACGGAACAUCUGCCAAAUCUACUAACAGCAAACAAGCUCCAACUCGGGGUAAGAGGGGCAAGGCAAAGAAGGCCGCACAGAAGUACGCUGAUCAGGACGAGGAGGACCGGGAACUGGCUCUACGCUUGCUAGGUGCCAAGAGUGCCAAAGCUGAAAAGGCAGCUGCAGAAGCUGAGGCAAAGGCCAAGCGGCAGAAAGAAGCAGAGGAAGCGAAGAAACGACGCAGAGCACAGCAUGAACGCGCCGCGGAAGCGGAGCGGAAACGGCAGGCUCUCUUUGAGGGUGGUGCCGAUGACUACGAUGAAGAAACCGCCGCAGCAGAAGCAGCAGAUAUGGAGUGGAUUCCUGCAUUGGUUGGAACUCCUCAUCCGGAUGAUGAAAUCCUGGCUGCCAUUCCUGUGUGCGCUCCUUGGGCUGCCUUGGGUCGGUACAAGUAUCGUAUCAAGUUGCAACCCGGCACUGUGAAGAAGGGCAAGGCCGUCAAGGAGAUCAUCGGACGCUGGGUUGCCGAAACGACAACAGGCAAGGUCAAGAAAGAACACGCUGAAGACGCUGGUAUCGACCGAGCUACCGCUGAGAAGCUUCGCGCGCGGGAAGGAGACCUGAUCAAAAUGUGGAAGGACACGGAGGUCAUCAAUAGCGUCCCCGUCGGUAAGGUGCGCAUUAUGACUGGGCCAGCACCUGGCGGAGGUGAUAAGGGCAAAGGCAAAGGUGGCGGUGGUGGAAACAAGGGAGGGAAGGGAGGGAAGAAGAAAUAG